CGAGUUUUGGCAGUGAACGUGAAUAGUUCUCUCACCUCUUGACCGAAGCUGGUGGAAUAAAAGAAGUUAUAGUGUAGAUAGAGUUUCAAGACGAUGGCAAGAAUAACGAAGUAUUUAUUGCUUGCGUUGAUCGUGGCAGUAGCCUUCAAUCAUGCAGUCAAAGCCCAGGAAGAAGAAGCACCAGCGCCAGAAGCAGAGCCCGCAGCAGAACCAGCAGCAGAAGAGCCAGCUGCUCCUGCUGAGGAAGCACCAGCAGCGCCGCCGGCAGAAGAAGAACCUGCAGCCGAACCCGAAGUAGGGGCCCCUCUCGAAGCAGCAGAAGAAGAUAAUUACUCACUUGGUUCGAUUAAGAAAGUCGGAUCAUGGUUGUCGAAAUUCGGUUGGUGGAAUAUCUGGAAAGGAAUUGGAUUAAAAAAAGCUGGCGAUUGGUGGAAAUGGGAUAAGAUUUUCAAGGAAGACUGGUGGAAGAAGAAGUGGUUCCUGUUAGGUUCACCUCUUGAAGAAGAAUCUAAAAUGAUGUUGGUUUUAGCUGAUCCUGAGGCACGAUCAUCGAUGGGAAUCAAUGGAGAAGAGGAUGCCACGUACUUCUUAGCCCCUCCAGGCUUUGAAAAUGAACUUGCUAAGAGGGGAAUCGCAGUCAAUCCAUCGGUUGUUCCAGUUAGAAAAACACAAAAAAAUCAAUAUCAACAAACUCAAACACAAACCGAAAAACAAAGGACAACCCAUCAAUAUCAAGAGCAACGUCCCCUGCAAUAUCCACAACAGCAAAUCCGCCACAUUCCAAAUACACAAUAUCCUCAAUCUUGGCUUCAAAGGGCUUUUCCAAGUUUGGACGUAUAUGAUCGUGAAGGUGGUCAGGGAUCAGAAAUCGAUUCCGUUCGUAUGAGACCAAAUAAACAAAGUCUAUCGAGGAGCAUGGUCGCAUCGCUGAGGGAACAAAUACCAGAUAUAAUCCCUCUGGGAUCAUCGAUACCUAAUACUCCGAUGUAUGCCUACGACAAAAACGGAGUUAUGCAACUUAUUCAACAGCAGACACCGACAACAACACAACAACAACAACAACAGUAUCAGAUGAUGAAUGAAGAUACUCAAAACCCAGCUGUUCUCGAGGAGUACCAACAAGCUCGACAUGGAUUCCAAGAAAUCCUGGCAAGAACUAAAAACCCUCAACCAAUGAAAAAUACUCGUAUCAAUUUAAGAACUGAACCAGAAGAACUGCUUGUGCCAAUGCCGUUUCCUAGAUCCAAUUCUAUAACAACCAAGGAGGAGCUCGAGAGAGCUCUUAACGACGAACAAACCCAGAAGAUGCUUGAGCAGUAUGCUAGAAAGAAUUGGAAGACUAUUAGGAAAGAUGCCAUUAUCUUGAAGUUUCUUCCCAAGACCGACAUGGAAGCACGUCCAUCUGUAAAGAGGCAAGCUUGUGCUAUGAUGCAGGAACAAAUGCCUGUGCAGACACCCGUCCAGCGACAGAUGACAAUUGAUCCUCCAACUGAACAAGUUAAUUCAGCUCAUGCUAGGGAUAUGCAACAAUGGGCUCAAAAUCAGCAGAGAGCUAUGCAAAUGCAUGAGCAGGAUCAGAUACUGCGCCAGAUGAGCUUACCUCAAAUGCAGGAGCCCAGAGAGGAACUUCCACAACCAAUAAUGCAACAAAGACCAAUGACACCUCAGGAACCUCGUCAAAUGAUGACUCAAACCCUACAGCAAAAUCCAAUUUUACAUCAAGAACCACGUCAAGCUGUUCUUGAUCAGACCCCUGCCAUGCACCAACAACCAGCCAUGCAACAAGAAACUCCAGUCGACCAUAAUCAACAGCAUACAAUGGUCCAACAAGAGCCCCGCCAAUGGAUCCAGGAACAACCAAUCACCCAACAAAUGCCACGUCAAUGGAUUCAACAACAACCCCCCCAACAGCCAAUGAUGAUGGUCCAACAAGAAACCGUUCCACAAAACGAGCCUAGGCAAUGGAUCCAAGAACAACCCCAUCAGCCGCAGAAUAUGAUGAUUCCACAAGAAACCAUGCCACAAAAUGAGCCAAGGCAGUGGGUUCAAGAACAACAAUGGACUCCUGUCGAUCCGUCAGUUCUAGAGGAAAUGAAGCCUCGUCAAAUGACACAUCAGACUCUCGAUCAAACUCAGAAUACUCAAACCCAACAGGGACAGGGUUUGACUAUUACCAAUGGAGACAAACUAGAAAAUAGAGACGACCAGCACCCAAUUGUGUCAGAGAUGGGACCACAAACAGAAGAUAAUGCUCGCUUCUUUAAGAAAGUUCUUUUGAAGAAAAGACCCAGCACCAGUGCCCAUUAUGUGACCCAUAACUAUAACAUCUACAACUCUGAUGCUGGUCAUGGAUCUGGAGGAUAUGGAAGCAGUUAUGGUGGAUCUGGGGGCUAUGGAGGUGGUUAUGGUGUAGGUUCUAGUUAUGGUAGCAGUGGUUAUGGGGGUCACGGUUCAAGCGGUCAUAGCAGUAGCUAUGGUGCUGGUCAUAGCAGUAGCUAUGGUGGAGGCCAUAGCAGUAGUUAUGGUUCUGGCCAUAGUGGUUAUGGUUCUGGUUAUGGUUCGUCUCCCUCCGGAAGCUAUGGUGGACACAGUUACAGCAGCCCAAGUUCAGGCUAUGGCUCAGGACACGGUAGCAGUUAUGGCUCAGGUCAUGGCAGUCAGUACGGUGGCGGCCAUAGUGGCGGUUAUCGCACCGCAGAAAUGGCAGACAACCCAAUGACACAAUACCAGCUUCAAGACCCCAACCCUUACCGUAGCCGAAAUCCUGUUCACAACCAUCCAAUAUCGCACGUAGACGAAGAAAGUGUGUUGUCCCACUCAACUGAACCAACUCAGAAUCAACAAGAAGACCAAUUGAAUAAAAAUGAAAGAACAACAUCACCAACUGCAAAACAACUUCAUGAAGCAGAUGAAACGUCGAGAUUUAGAUUCUUGGGUAAUCAAGAGCUCCAACAACAAGCGCCAUCACCAGUUGUAGGUGAAAUCAAUUUGUUUUCAUUUACACCCGAACUUUUCCAACCAUUUAUGGGAUUACGUGAUGUUGAUCGUCCAGAUGAUCCAUGGCAUCGACCUCAUAGUUAUCACGAUGGUAAUCGUUUUCAUUAUUCAACUGGACGGAAUCGAGUUCGACGUGAAAAUCCAUCGUCAUCGUUUGGUUCUACUAAGAAAAUGUAUUUGUACGAAAUCGGAGACUAUUCAACAUGGAAAGCAAAGAAACAAUUGGAGCAGAUUAUUAGCGCUUUGAGGGAACCAUUUAAUUUUAAUUCAUACAAUGGUUAUAAUGGUUAUCGAAUUAUGUUUCCAGCAUUUCGCUCAAAUUCAGGAACGACGAUUAAAAUGACAAUAAAACCACCAGUUGUUAAUUAUAGCAAAAAAGAAGAUGACGAUGGUUUUGAUGAUACAAUAAGUUUAGAUUCUGGAGUGCGACAACAAAAUCUACAAUAA